AAUGUCUCUAGACUUUCAGAAGAAUGUGUAUCAUCCGAGAAAGGACAAUGCUAGAUCCAGAACUACCUACACUUGGAUGACGAGGUGGAAUGACUUCGUUCCACACGAUCCUAUUAAUCUCUACGAUGAAGCUAGAAAAGGAAGGUAUAGAAAUCUUGGAGCAAGACGACGAAUAGGAUGUGAUGGUACGUUAUCCAGAGCAACAAAUUUCGAAAGUGACGACCAAGUUAGAAGGCCUAUGACCGAAUUUCGGUAUUCGAAAAAGAGUUCAAAUGGUACCCAUCCAUUGGGCAAUCCCGUUGUUAAUACAAAAGACGGAGCAACGCAUCUUCAUUAUUUCAAAUCUGGCGGUUACGACGAUGCUCACAAAUCGAGUUUACAAUGGAAUAAAUUAAAUAUUUCACCAACUUAUCCAGAAAUAGGACCACCGAGAUUAAGAAACGGAAACGCCGGUGGCAGUUGGAGGCACGUAAAACAAGUUUUACAGCCGAAAGGAGAUCACAUUGUGUUUAUCGAUGGUGAACAAAGGAUUAUUGAAAAUAAUAAAAUAAUGAAUAGAGCCGUUCAUUUAAUAAAUACCAUCCAACCCUCCAAGUUAAUUACUGCUGAUAUGAGAAAUAGGGAAUUAGUAGAGGGAACAGGACAAGCCUUAUCAGCUUUCAAGUCAACUGAAAGUGGCAAUUGGUAUGUAAUGAGAUAA